AGAAAAUUUUUAUGGUUCUGGAUGUGAUGUUUAUUGUAAAUUAAAUGAUUUGGAAAUUAUUUUGGACAGAAUUGAGUGUGAUAAUGAAAGUGGAGUGAAAAAAUGUAAAAAGGGGUGGAAAGGACUAAAUUGUGAACAAAAAAUUUUAUUAAAUACAAAAAUGGAAGGGAAUAAUCAAAGUAAUUGUUACUGUAUUAAUGGAGGGAAGUGUGUAGACAAUAAAUGUGUUUGUCCUGUUGGUUAUUGGGGAAAUAAUUGUGAAAAAUGUAUUCCAAAUUCAAAAUGUAAAGGAUUUUGCCGUCAAAGGCCGGGGGAAUGUUCUUGUCCGGAAGGGAAAGGAGGGCAGUUUUGUGAAAAAGAUUUAAUUUUUUGUUCAAAAAAUUCUCCCUGUCAAAAUGGAGGAAUUUGUCAAAAUAAUGCAGAAGGGAAUUAUACGUGUAAAUGUAGGCCUGGUUAUGGAGGAAUUAAUUGUGAAAAGGUUUUGAAUAAUUGUGAAGAUGAACCUUGUUAUAAUGGAGCUAAAUGCAUUAAUUUAUUUUCUCCACCAGGAUUUCGUUGUUUAUGUCCCCCUUCACUUGGCCUUUUUGGACGUUUUUGUGAAAUUAAAGCCCCAAAUGGUUGUAGAGAUUUACCUUGCCAAAAUGGGGGUUCUUGUAUUGACUACUACUUAAAUUCUUCUUCAACUCCCCAAAACAAUUCAUUUAAAUGUUUAUGUCCGGAUGGAUGGACUGGCCCUCUUUGUGAAUUGCCCUGGGGGUAUUGUAGUGAAAAUCCUUGUCAAAAUGGAGGUAAUUGUGUAACAGAUAAUUUUAACAAAAACGGCUAUGUUUGUUUAUGUCCAAUUGGCUGGUCUGGAAUUAAUUGUGAAAAUAAAAUAAAUAAUUGUUUAAUAAAUCCUUGUUUAAAUGGUGGAAAUUGCUUAAAUUUAAUUAAUUCAUUUAAAUGUUAUUGUAAAGAAGAAUGGGAAGGGGAAAUUUGUCAAAAUAAAAUUAAAAGAAUUAAACAAAUUGGAGAAGAAGAAGGAGGGGGAAAUAAUAACAGGUAUUUUAAAACAAAAAUAUAA